AUGUCCAGCAAAGAAAGCACUCGCCCCAGCCAAGACAUCCAGAUGGAUGCUCUCCCCCAUUCGAGCGAAGAAGAGGGUCUUCCGCUCUACUCCGAAUACAGAUCUCCAGAAGAAGACGCCGACUGCAAACCACCCUCCAACGCAGCCUCUCCCGCCGAAGUCCGUGCCUUCUUUCGGUCAUUGCUGGUGUCGCAUUGCCACUACACUCCCGCGCACGCAGAGAGUACAUCGGCCCUCUGGACGAGAGGCAGCGGAAGGGAAUUGAGAAGCUAUCCACCCGCUAUGUACCUGACCAUCUUCGGCGCAGAAGAUGGCUGGAUCCUCUACAGGGAAACGAAGAUGGCGCUGCAUCGCGAGGCCAGGACGGCGGAGAAAGCGCGCAAGCGAUAUCGUAAGUCGUAGCCCUCCUACCACCCUUCCGCUCUACAUACUGAUCUUUCUCAUUUUCCCUCUUCUCUUAGUUAUAACUACGCCCAUCUUAAUCCUCUGGACCCUCUGCAUGGUGCCCGUAAUUCUUUACGUGACGAUCGUGCCGCUGGUUCUCUCGGCGGUUCUAAGUAGCAUCGUUGCAAUUCUCUGGCUCUUGAUCGCGAGCGCGAUUCACUUCCUCGAGCCUCGCAUGGAGGAUCAGAUAGAGAAUGAGUUGAAGAGGUGUAUGCAGAAGGGGGAUCAGACGUCGGGUAGCUAG